ACCACGUACACUUCCUGUCUGUCCGACGAUCACAAACACCCAAGGACGGAUUUGCAUGAAUCAGUUGCAAUUUACCGGUAGUGAAAAUGAGGGACAUCGUUGUACCCCGAAUCUUUGUAAUCGUCUUAUGUGCGGUGGUUUUCGUCGCAGUUUUGGUGGUGAACGGCUUUGCAGGGGCGGGUAGAGGUUCCUUCCAUUCCUCAACAGGUAAUGUGUCAGCGCGUUAUGAGACGGACAUCACCCCUGCUGGCUGGACUUUCUCCAUUUGGGGUGUUAUUUAUACCUGGCUCUCCUUAAUGGUCAUAUAUAUCACUUUAUAUGUGUUCAGAGGAUCCUGGGCUCAUUGUCUGCUGCCGUACGCCUUCUAUUUCUUCUGGCUCUUCAACAUGGUGCUAAAUAUGAUAUGGCUGCUGUUGUGGGAUAGAGAGUUGAUGCUGUCAGCGCUGGUUUUAUUGAUCCUGAUCGUGAUUUCCAACUACAGUGCGUUGAGUAUCUGUUGCUUUGCCACAGAUUACUACGGACUCUGGCUAAAGACAUAUUAUCCCAAAGAUCUGACCUGUAUCACAGUUUUGGUCCAGAAUGGUUUGGCUCUCUACGCCACAUGGACGUCCAUUGCUUCUUUGAUCAACUUCACUUUAGUUCUUCAAUUGUGGGGUGUGGUCCGGAGCACAGCAGCAACAGUGUCCCUUUGCCUCCUCUUUGCUGAGCUCGUCGGAUGGUUUAUACUUGAAAACUGGGUACUGGAUCGCUGGGUGCGCAACAUUCUGACAGUGUACCCCGUUGUGAUCGUGGCGCUGUUUGGAAAUGUCUUCAAACAUUUUGACCCAGCGGGCCCCAGCCCAAAUGUCAUCUUUACGGUUAAUCUCCUGGUGUUGACAUGUAUCCUGCUGGUUUUCCGAGUCUGUAAUGUCAUCUGGAGAAACAGGAGGAGACCCCUCUUCGCUCCAGGGUCAACGCGGCUGCUGAUUUCACCCCUCGAUGGAAGCAAAUUUAAGAUCUUAUCCUAAAGAAGGAAUCUUGUUGUUUCCUUCAGACCACUCGACACGUACGGUCAACCCCCUUUCGACGUGCUAUUAAUGCGCAGCGCCAAUUAAAUGGCAUUCGCUUGAUACUUCAAGAUCUAAGAACGGAAAAAAAUACAGUGCCUUAAAAUGGGAUCACCAAGGAGGUGGAUAAAGUCAUUUAUGCUCUGUCUACUAAAAUGCUACACCUUGUCCAAGCUAAUGUAUAGUAUAUUAAAAUGUACUGUAUACUGAGCAGCAUCGUGCUCAAUGAAAUUAUACUUUCCUAAAGUAUUUCUUUUUUAUAGGCUAAUACAUUUAAGUAUUAAGGUCAACAUGGUCGUAUUUUCUACUGAGCUGUUUGCCAAUGUUAAGAUUGCAUUUCUACCAAUUAUAGUAUCGUGUUUUUAAAUGGCAGAUUUUGUGUACCUAUUCCAUUCCGAUUGUUACGUUAAAGUACCGUAUCACUCCUGACAAACGGGACAGCAUUGUGUCGCCUGUACCUUACAAUACUGCUAUGACUUUACCCCAAUAAAAAAAGGAUCCCACUAUGAAA